AUGACGAUGACGAUGAUGAUGAUCGACGACAGGAAUGAAGGUGCAAAGAAAGAGGGACGAAAGACAUGGCUACCAGACGGCGAGGUGGCGUCCAAAAAGGUCGCCCGUGCCACCGUCACGAUCUCGCUGGCAACGAGACUGCCACUGCAUAUGUGCACUGGGCUCGACGAUGGUGACGUGGAGGCAUGA